ACCUGCCAGGAAACAGGAGUCUUCAGUCUGGAGUAACUGAUAAACAAGUGUGAAGCAUGAGGAUCAACUCUGCUAUUCAGGCCGCUAUUGACCUCACGGCAGGAGCUGCAGGUGGGACAGCAUGCGUGGUGACUGGCCAGCCCUUCGACACCGCAAAGGUGAAGAUGCAGACGUUCCCCGACAUGUACAAAGGAAUUGUUGACUGUUUUGUGAAGACCUAUAAGCAAGUGGGGUUUCGAGGCUUCUACAAGGGAACCACACCAGCGCUUGUAGCCAACAUCGCGGAGAACUCCGUUCUGUUCAUGUGCUAUGGAUUUUGCCAACAAAUUGUGAGAAGAAUUGUUGGAGUAGACAGGAAAACAAAGCUCAGUGAUCUGCAGAAUGCUGCUGCAGGCUCCUUCGCCUCUGCCUUUGCCACCCUUGUCCUCUGUCCCACAGAGCUGGUGAAGUGCCGGUUGCAGGCCAUGCAUGAAAUGCAGUUGUCAGGAAAGAUAAUCCAGGGACACAAUACAGUUUGGUCAGUAGUGAAGGGUGUUAUUCAAAAGGAUGGUCCCCUUGGAUUUUACCGUGGCCUGUCAAGCACUUUGCUGCGGGAAGUCCCCGGCUAUUUCUUCUUCUUUGGAGGGUAUGAACUGAGCCGGACCUUCUUUGCCUCUGGGAGAUCAAAAGAUGAAUUAGGUCCCAUUCCUUUGCUACUAAGCGGAGGUUUUGGAGGCAGCUGUCUGUGGAUUGCUGUGUAUCCUGUGGACUGUGUCAAAUCUAGAAUUCAGGUUCUUUCAAUGGCUGGAAAACAGGCAGGCUUUAUGGGAACAUUUGUAACUGUUGUGAGAACUGAAGGUGUACUUGCCUUGUAUUCUGGACUAAAGCCAACUAUGAUCCGUGCAUUCCUGGCCAAUGGGGCGCUGUUCCUUGCCUAUGAGUACAGCCGGAAACUUAUGAUGAAACAAAUAGAUUCUUACUGAUACCUUCUAGCAUAUGGAGAACAAAAAGUUGUUUAAGGAUUAUUUAAAUAAAUGAUCAAAAACUUGUAGAUCACAUCGUGGUCUGAGCAGGGCCAAAUCAGUGACCUAAUUUUAGGAACUUGACUCCAGUUUAGGAUUUGUAAUCUUUUAAAUUCAGGUGAUUUUGUAGAGGUGUGGACAUGCUGCUUGAAUUGGACCAGCAGAACUAUCCCCAACUUGCAGAUUCUGCACUAGGUACAUCGCAUGUCAUAAAUGUAUUUUCCUGACCUGUAAUGGUGCUAAAAAGACUUAUGUUGACCUGUGGGGUUUAAUGUAACAUGCAGCAGUAGGCUGUGAUUUGUUUAAGCCAAAGCACUGUUUGAAAAUCUGUGCUGUGGUGGUGAA